AUAUGAAAAGCUCCGUCGUGUUUGGUAAGGGGACAAAAGAGUGCCUUUUACAAAGUCGUAGCCGUUUAAAAUCUGAUUUCACACAAACACUUCUCGAGAUUCCAACGUUUUUAGGGUUUAUUGCGUGAAUAUACAUCUGUGGGGAUAAAGUACGGACAGAUGGCUUCUUCGCCGCCGGCAGCUUCUCCGAUCUCCGACACCGACCCCGAGGUGGAUACAUCUUCUUCAAACCCUAAUCCUAACCCUAAUUCUAGUCCUAAGCUAAGCGUGGAUACUUUAGCGGUUGACAAUUUGUCGACGUCUCCACUCGUUUGCGUCUUCAGGUCCGCCGGUGAUGCCGCCGGCGGCGCUUUUAUGGGCUCUAUUUUUGGAUUCGGUUCGGGGUUGAUUACGAAGAAAGGAUUUAAAGGUUCAUUCGGAGAGGCUGGUAAAUCUGCCAAGACAUUUGCAAUUUUGUCUGGAGUUCACAGCUUAGUUGCAUGCCUGUUGAAGAGAUUGAGAGGGAAAGAUGAUGUUAUUAAUGCAGGUGUAGCAGGAUGUUGCACUGGUGUUGCUAUGAGUUUUCCAGGUGCGCCACAGGCUCUUCUCCAGGGUUGCCUGACCUUUGGAGCAUUUUCCUUCAUUAUUGAAGGCCUGAACAAGCAGCAACCAGCGUUGGCUCUUGCAUCUCCACGAAGGACCAAAACUAGUCAUUAUGGUCCACUCCCUCCUUUGUCAAUUCCGCUGCCAAAUGAGCUAAAGGAGUCGUUUUCUUUCUUUGUAAAAUCCCUCAGCAAACGUGAUGUUGGAGUUUCAUCUUAAUCAAUGCUGAACUAGUACUCUAGCAGUUUCCUUGAGAUGGAAAUUGUUUAGCUGAACCUUUUGAAUUACAACGACAAGCCUUUUGGAAUAUCAUGCUGUCUUCAGUUUUUUGGUUCAA